GCAACAUCUGAAGAUUGCUUAGGACGGCAAUAGUUUUUAUUGUCGAGUUAGGCAAGAUGCAGAUUUUCGUCAAGACCCUCACGGGGAAGACGAUCACCCUUGAGGUGGAGUCUUCCGACACCAUCGACAACGUCAAGUCCAAGAUCCAGGACAAGGAGGGCAUCCCCCCGGACCAGCAGCGCCUGAUCUUUGCCGGCAAGCAGCUCGAGGAUGGCCGCACCCUGAGCGACUACAACAUCCAGAAGGAGAGCACCCUCCACCUGGUCCUGCGCCUGCGUGGUGGUGCCAAGAAGAGGAAGAAGAAGGUCUACACCACCCCCAAGAAGAUCAAGCACAAGCGCAAGAAGACCAAGUUGGCUGUCCUCAAGUACUACAAGGUCAGCAACGAUGGUAACAUCGAGCGCCUUCGCCGCGAGUGCCCCUCCGACACCUGCGGUGCCGGUGUCUUCAUGGCUGCCAUGCCUGACCGUCAGUACUGUGGUCGCUGCCACCUGACCUACGUCUUCGACAAGCAGUAGACGACAACCAAACUCAAAAAAACCUCUUACAAAAAAUGGAAAAAUGAAUUUUGUGGAUUGGACAGCUGGAGCCAUGGGACUGCCAUAACAUACAAAGGGCGUUGAUGUAGCAUAGAGAGCACAUCCGGCGGCUUCUGGUAAUGAAUGCUUGAUUUG